AUGAUUUCGAAAGUAUUGAUUAUUUGUACGCUGUUACUUAUUCCGCUCAUCGUCAAGGCCAACAUCGAUGAUCAAUGUCUUGCUUGUAUCUGUCAAGUUGAAUCAGGCUGUAGACCACUCGGAUGUACCUGGGAUGUCUACUCAAAUUCAUGCGGUUACUAUCAAUUGAAACAAGGCUAUUGGCAAGAUUGUGGUUCACCAGGUGGUUCACUUGAAGCAUGUGCUGCAGACAAAAGUUGUUCGGAUAGAUGUGUACGUGCUUAUUUGCAGCGGUAUGGUACUCGAUGUACAGGAGGUCGUACACCUUCCUGUCAAGAUUAUGCUCGUAUUCACAACGGAGGACCUAGAGGAUGCACAUCAUCGGGUACGCUUAGCUAUGGAAAGCGCGUUAGUUCUUGCUAUUCUGGUUGA